GGGCGACAACACAGCUUUAACUGGAAUGAAGCCAGUAGUCCAGCCUGCCACUAGUACAAGUGAAUGCUAGUUAUACUGUAGCACAAUAGAGUGCACACAUGGAACUGAGAUUCUUUUCUUUUAAUCUAGCAUGCAACAUUUAUUUAAUAAAUGUAUGAAUCAUGUCAGCGACUGUACUUUGAAAGCACUUUUUAAAUCAGGUCUGUGGACUUAGGCAUCCAGAAAUGAUACAUCCCUUCUAUUUCAGGCAGCAGUCACUAUUAUGGCAACAGGUUUUCCAUCGUGGUUAUAAAUAUAUUUCCUACAGUUACAGUAAAUAAUAGUAUUAUUGUGAUGUGGUGGCUGUCUGUUUGGCAGUCCGUGAUAUAAAAAGGUUAAGACCUUGCGCUUCGGGGCCAAAAAGGGGCUCUGUUUGGACACAGAGCGGUAUUUGUAAACUCAAGGGCCCACGCCCAUGGACGGCUCCGAUUCCUGCACGCAAGCGCAGUGUCACUCCUGUCAAACAUGGCUGUGCUUUGGAAGAAGGAAAAAUGCUGAUUUGUCUUGGUAAAUCUCGGGAAAAGCAGCAGACAUGGCUAGAUUGGCUGAUUAUUUUGUUGUCGUGGGAUACGAUCAGGAAAAAGCCGGUUCAGGGGAGGGAUGUGGAAAGAUCAUUCAGCGAUUCCCCAAGAAGGACUGGGAGGGAACAGCCUUUCCUCAGGGGGUGGAGAUGUUCUGCCAGCCUGGAGGUUGGAGGCUGUCCAGGGAAAGGAAAGCACCCACUUUCUUCACCGUUGUGCUGACAGAUAUCGACUCUGACCGACACUUCUGCUCCUGCCUCACUUUCUACGAGGCCGAGGUCAAUCUGCAGGGAUCAAAGGGUAUUGAGGGUGAUGCAGAUGAAGAUGAGGAGGAUGGCUUGAUCCAGCCAGCUCAAGUGUUUGCACCAAAAAGUCUCAUACUUGUGUCCAGGCUGGAUUAUCCCGAAAUAUUCCGGGGGUGCUUGGGUCUGAUCUACACAGUGUACAUCGAUAGUUUGAGUUUCCCUUUAGAAGGUCUGGUGGCCAACCUCUUUACAUUCCAGGUUCCUGUUGCGGGUGGAUCCCAGAAGCUGUUUAGCCUGGGAGCAGGAGAUCGGCAGCUCAUCCAGACACCUCUGAAUGACAUAUUGCCUGUCACAUGCAAAAGUGUCGCUCUGCUCUUCCAGCAACUGGGAAUCCAAAAUGUUCUAAGCCUGUUUUGUGCAGUUUUGACUGAGCACAAGGUUUUGUUCCACUCCACCAGCUACCAGAGGCUCGGAGAGGCGUGCCGCGCCCUGGAAGCCCUCAUGUUUCCACUUGAAUACAGUUACCCGUACAUACCGGUUCUACCUUCACGACUACUGGAGGUGCUGAGCUCACCUACUCCCUUCAUCAUUGGAGUCCACUCCAUGUUUCAGAAUGAAAUCCAGGAUCUGUUGGAUGUUAUUAUUGCUGACCUGGAUGGAGGAACAAUAAAGAUUCCUGAGUGCAUCCACUUGUCCCUGCUCCCUGAACCUCUCCUACAACAAACACAGACCGCUCUGUCCUUGGUUUUACAUCCUGAUCUGGAGAUAGCAGACAAUGCAUUCCCUCCACCUCGCACUGCACCCUCCAACCUCAAGUUGUUGGACAAGGAGGUGAGGGCCGUCUUUCUCAGGCUGUUUGCACAACUCUUCCAGGGCUACAGGUCUUGCCUGCAGCUCAUCCGCAUCCAUUCUGAACCUGUUAUUCAUUUUCACAAGACUGCCUUCCUUGGCCAGCGAGGCCUCAUUGAGAAUGAUUUCCUGACCAAGGUUCUGGAUGGCAUGGCCUUCGCUGGCUUUGUUUCAGACAGAGGUCCUCCUUACCGAGCCUGCGAUCUCUUUGAUGAGCUGGUGGCCUUAGACAUUGACAGCUUUAAGGAAGAAGAAAUCAGCCCUGCCAAGCUGCAGAAACACAUCAGGGAGCUCUCUGAGCAGCUGUACAGAAAUGAGAACCCAAACCCCCACAUGGCAUUCCAGAAGGUGCCUCGGCCAUCAGAAGGAUCCCACCUGCGCGUGCACCAAGUACCUUUCCCUCUGCUGGAUGAUGAUAAGGUGGAAAAGAUGCUGCAAGAGGGUGUGGCAAAACUCAGUAAUAUACCUCCUCCUACACGUGCUGAGAGGAAGUGUGUUGUACCUGCCGGACCAGCUGUUGUGUCCUUUGUGGGUAAGUGUGGCUCCGUUUUUAACAGCGCUCGCAGGCUGGAGGUUGUGCGGAGCUGCAUUUCCUUGAUUUUUGACAACAAGAUCCUGGAGACUGAAAAGACGCUACCGGCCGCACUGCGUGCAUUGAAAGGCAAGACGGCUCGCCAGUGUCUGACUGAGGAACUGAGUCAUCACGUUCAGCAGAACCGCGCCAUACUUGACCACCAACAGUUUGACUACAUCAUUCGUAUGAUGAACUGUGCCCUCCAGGACUGUUCCAGCUCAGAGGAGUACACAGUGGCUGCUGCAUUGCUGCCCCUGUCAACAGCCUUUUACAGGAAAUUGGCUGCUGGGGUGAACCAGUUUGCCUACACCUGCAUUCAGGACCAUCCCAUCUGGACCAACCAGCAGUUCUGGGAAACCACUUUCUACAGCGAGGUACAGAGCCAGAUCCGAGCCCUUUACCUUAACACUCCAGAGGAGAAAGGGGGCAUCACUGCCAGGCUAAAGGAUGUGGGUCACGUUCCUGCAGUGGACAGAAAUGAGGAGCAGACGGCCAUGAACCUGGGGGCAGAGCAAUUGCGUCUGUGGCCCAGCCUGAGCAAAGAGAAGCAACAGGAGCUGGUGAAGAAUGAGGAGAGCACCGUGUUCAGCCAGGCCAUCCACUACGCCAGCCUCAUGGUUUACCUGCUGGUGCCUUUGGACACCAGUAAGAACAAGCUGCUGCGCAAUGCCCCUGCUGCUGACUGGGAGAGUGGCAGCAACAGCAUCGUCACCAACAGCAUUGCAGGCAGUGUGGCGGAGAGCUUUGACACAGAAAGUGGGUUUGAGGACUCUGAGAACAGCGACGUGGCUAACUCUGUGGUCAGGUUUGUUGCCCGCUUCAUCGACAAGGUGUGCACAGAGAGCGGAGUAACUCAAGAGCACAUCAAGAGCCUGCACAGCAUGAUCCCAGGCAUCGUAGCCAUGCAGAUGGAGGCUCUCGAGGCAGUUCACAGGGAGAGCAGGAGGUUACCCCCUAUUCACAAGCCUAAGAUUCUGCGUCCAGCUCUGCUUCCUGGAGAGGAGUUUGUAUUAGAGGGGUUGCGGGUGCUUCUGGACCCUGAUGGCAGGGAGGAGGCCACUGGAGGCCUCCUGGGGGGCCCACACAUCCUGCCAGCAGAGGGAGCCCUCUUUCUCACGACCUACCGUAUCAUCUUCAAAGGCAUCCCCCAUGAUCCACUAGUGGGGGAGCAGGCAGUGAUCAGGGCUUUCCCAGUGUCCACCCUUACCAAAGAGAAGAAGAUCACCAUCCAGAACCAGCUGCAACAGAACAUGCAGGAAGGCCUGCAGCUCCGCUCUGCAUCAUUUCAGUUGAUAAAAGUGGCUUUUGAUGAGGAGGUGAGCUCAGAAAUGGUAGAGAUCUUCAGAAAGCACCUCCAGAGGAUCCGCUACCCACAAUCCAUCUUCAGCUCCUUUGCAUUUGCUGCAGGACAAACUGCACCUCAGCUAAUCCUUCCAAAGCAAAAAGAGAGGAACACUGGCUUCAGAACGUUGUCCAAAACUAUUGUCAAGGGAGCAAAGAGGGCUGGAAAGAUCACCAUGGGCCGUGGUAGCCAGAGCACACUGAAGAAGAACGACAGAGGCAGCAGAAUGACCUGGAAUGAAGAUGAUGACAUUUCAAUAUCAGAUGAUGGAGAGCCACCCUCCAGCAGCACUUUGCGAGCAUCGGAAAAGUCCACCAUGGAGCAGCUCGUGGAACAGUCCUGUUUCCAUGACUACCAGCGUCUGGGCCUGGGCACCAUCACCGCCAGCUCCUCCCGCUCCAAGUCAGGCGAGCAGUUCCGGAUCACAGCCUUGAACAGACUCUACUCAUUCUGCCGCAGUUACCCGGGGCUGCUCGUGGUUCCUCAGGCAGUACAGGACAGUAGUUUACAGAAGGUGGCCCGCUGCUACAGACACAACCGUCUGCCUGUUGUGUGUUGGAAACAUCCCCGCACCAAAGCCGUCCUGCUCCGCUCAGGUGGCUUCCAUGGCAAGAGUGUGGUGGGGUUGUUCAAGUCACAGAACCCCUCGUCAACAGUCCCUGCCUCAUCCUCAGAAUCAUCGAGUAGUCUUGAACAAGAAAAGUACCUGCAAGCCAUCCUUAACUCCAUCCCUAUCUACUUCAAAAUGAACGGAAACAACACUCUGACCAACCGCUCCCACGUAGGCCUCUCACCAGGCACAGAAAGGAGGACAUCCAGGAUGUCCAAGAUGGCUCCUGUUCACUUAGACAUCCCAUUCUCAAGCAGCUUUACUCGAGGAGUGCUUGAGUACAGAGAUAAACUAUUCACUCACUCAAACCAAAAACCUGCCAGUAAGGAGAGAAUCCCACAUCAAGGCAUGUGGGCUAGCCUGCGCUCCAGCAGCAGACUCAGCCAGCACCCACUGGCAGCAGACGUGGGUGCCAGACUAGCAGGGAAGGAUCUGGCGCCCCCUGCAGGUAGCAGCAGUCUGCAGGCUCAGCUCCUCAAACAGCAGGCUGCCUUCUACGUUUUUGGAGAAAAAUCGCAUCUAAGGGGCCUCAGAGUGGACUCCUCUCUGAACUGUGAACUGGUGCCAGUGGACUUUGCAGACACGCGGCAGGUGAAAGCUUCUUUUAAAAAGUUGCUGAGGGCCUGCGCUCCCAGUGCCACCCCAUCUGACUCGGAGGACUCCUUUCUCAAGACCUUGGAGGACUCUGAAUGGAUCCUGCAGAUUCACAAGAUCCUGCAGCUGGCGCUGUUUUUGGUGGAGCUCCUGGACAGUGGUUCAUCUGUUCUCCUGAGUCUGGAGGACGGCUGGGACAUUACUACACAAGUGGUGUCUUUGGUGCAGCUGCUGAGUGACCCAUUUUACCGGACUCUGGAGGGUUUUCAGGUGCUGCUGGAGAAAGAGUGGCUGUCCUUUGGCCAUAAGUUCAGCCAGAGGAGCAACCUGAAUCCCAGCAGCCAGGGCAGCGGCUUUACACCCAUCUUCCUGCAAUUCCUGGACUGUGUGCACCAGAUUCUGGAGCAACACCCUCUGGAGUUUGAGUUUAAUCAGUAUUAUGUGAAGUUCCUGGCCUAUCAUCACAACUCUAACCGCUUCAAGAACUUCCUGUUGGACUCAGACUAUGAGCGCCUGGAACAUGGCUUGUUGUUUGAGGAUAAAAGUGAUAAGCAGGCCAAGAGAGGCAUCUGUAUCUGGGAGUGCAUCAACAGGAUGCACAGGAGGAGUCCCAUCUUCUUCAACUACCUGUACAGCCCCUCAGAGAGUGAGGUGAUCCUGAAGCCUUCUGUCAGCAUCCCCAGCCUGAACAAAUGGGACUUCUUCACAGAUGAGACUCUGUCCACGGGGCCAUGUUACGACUGGCGGACGAUGGCAGUGAGGAUGGAGAGCUCAGAAGAGGUGAACACCAUCUCUAGCAGUAAAAGGAGGAUUGUUUGGCCGUGUUACAGCAGCGUGAGCCACGCCCAGCCUGAUGCCAUCACCAAACUUCUGGCUGACAUCGAGAAGCUGGAGGGGGAGCUGAACCAGGCUCCUGAGAAAUGGCAGACAACUCUGGAGAGAGUCAGAAUGAGCAUUCAGGAAGACCUCAAGCAAGAAGGAAAUCUCUGUAAGCAGUCUGUGUCCAUCUCCAGCCUCAUUCCUACAUCCAGCCUGCAGGCCUUCCAGCGGCGCUCCAUGCUGCACCUGCCAGACAGCAGACUGGAUGAGGACCGCAGCACCACCGCAGCCAACGGGAUCAACCGCCGUGCCGCAACACUCUACAACCAGUUCACCCCCAAGACUGAAGAGAACAGGUCUUAUGAGGGGAUCCUAUAUAAACGUGGUGCGUUGCUGAAAGGCUGGAAACCUCGCUGGUUUGUUUUGGACAUUACCAAACACCAGCUGAGGUACUACGACACCGGAGAGGACACGAACUGCAGAGGCCACAUCGAUCUGGCAGAGGUGGAGUCCGUGGUCAUCGCUGCACCGACUUUAGGAGCUCCCAAACACAUUAGCGAAAAGGCAUUCUUUGAUCUGAAGACCAGUAAGCGAGUCUACAACUUCUGUGCUUCAGAUGCACCCAGCGCUCAGUCGUGGAUGGACAAGAUCCAGAACUGCAUUUCUGAUGCCUGAACACCAACUUUAACGUCAUAUCAUUAGAGGCAGCAUCAGGCGGCUGAGAGCAGAGACAUCUUUAAUUUGGAGACCACACUGAACAAAGUGCCUGGUAGUGGAGGGUGAGUACUGUCCACCCACCCUUCUGCCUGUUACUUGGCAGCUGCUCAGACUUUUGUCACUCUGCUCAAGUCGGAGCUGGUUGAACACACUCGUCUCUGCUGUUAGCUCCCUCCUCUGUGCCUCUGCCAGGAAUGAAGUGAAGAUAAGCUGUUGUUUAAGGAGACUGCACUAGGGAAUGAUACACUACUUAAGCUGUAAAUAGAUCAGAGCAAUAUCACUGGCCAUUCAAACUGGGUUCAAUGUUACACUUUGAAAAUAUAGAAAAUAGCCUAUAAAAGAAUUUCUAUCAGAUAUUUUACUAUGAGGAAAGGUUAUUGCUGCUUAAAGAAAUGUAUGAACCAUCAAAAACACAGAUUUGAAUGCACAACAUUAAAAAGCAAUUUGUUUGCACUUAUCUCUGAAGUAUGCACUCCUUCUCAAAUAUAGAUUUUCUAGCAAAUGCAGACAGCGAGACUAAAGGCAUUACUUUACAUUGUACAUAUGUUUUCUCAAGACAGAUUCAAGGAAAGAAUUUGUACAUUGAUUUAUCUGACACAUUUCUAUUUAAAUAAGUGGUGUUUUCUCUAUUUUGAUAAAUGUUUGACUUCUGGAUAAUACGUUUGUCUCCUGUAAAUUAUUUUUAUUAAAGAUGUAACUGUUAAAUGUGGUGGCUUCAUGUUUUUCCUGUAAAUACAUGUGACAUUUUGUAUACCAUAUGUAUUGAACAUACAUAAAUGUACUUUUCUAACGUUGAUUCUAAUGUGACCAACAAGUCUUUAAUGUGUUGUUGCAAAAACCCGAGGCCUGUUCCCUGUCAGUGAUGAAACUGAUUAUUUUGUUGUUGUUGUUGUUGACUGUCUAGGCUCUGUGUCUUAAGGGCUUUUAAAGAAAUUAGCAUGUAUGUCAUGUAGGAUACUGUGGUUUUCAGAAAUCAUUUGUUCUCUGUUUGUGCACCUAUACAAUUUCAUUACAAACCAACAACACAAGUCAAACUAUUCAAAGAUUUCAGAUGAUUUUUGUUACUGUAUCUUUGUACCUUGUUUUGUGGUGACACUAAUUUUUUGAAAUAAAAUACUUGAAACUA